CCAAGACGCCUAUAUAACCCGGGGCAAGCCGGCAGUCGCCACUCCGAGUCCCCGCGCCAUGAACGCUCUGAUCGUGCUGUGCUGCGUGCUGGCUGCUGCCGCCGCAACCCCCGGCCUGCUGGGCGCCGCGCCGCUGCUGCCCAGGGUGCAAGUGGCGCCCGCGGAGGUCACGGUGGUCAAGCAGCCAAUCACGGUGCAGCAGCCCGAGCUGCGCUACCGUCAGGUGCCUGUGCCCGUACGCGCUGUCUCCUACGCCGCCCCGUACGCCGCCCCGUACGCCGCCCCGUACGCCGCCUACGCCGCCCCCUUAGCCGGCUACCACAGCGCUGCGCACGGCAUCGUCGGCCUUUACUGAGGUCGUGAAGCUACUCUCUGUUCCUAGGUCAUCGUCAAACUGACGUCGUUGUAAAUAUAAAAGUAAACAUUAAAAAAACGGCAUAAUAAAAUGUAUGACAAAUAA